GCUCGCGCUGUUUUCUUGCGCUUACAUAACGCGACCUUCCCUCCCUCCGCCCGCGGCUGCAACCAAGCUUGAGCACCCGCUGGCUGCGCCGCGCCUUGGCAGCAGAGCGACGCGCCCCUCAGCCAGUGAGCGGGGACGGCCUUCCGACGCGAGCCAAUCGCGUGGCGCAACGGGCAGGCGUCAGGCGCCGAACGGACCCGCCCACCGCCAGUCGCUUUUUGUUGUGGUGGUUUGCGCGCGCGCGGGAGGCCCGGCCGGCUUCGGUGAGGCGGCGGCGACGGAGGCGACGGCGAAGAAGAAGAGGCCGAGGCUGCCGCUCUUCUUCGGCUCUCCCGCCAUUUCCCCUCUGGCGGCAGCGGUUGUUUCUCUGGGUCGGGCCCGCGGCGGAGUCGAGGCGGAGGAUGGCGCCGCUGCUGGGCCGCAAGCCCUUCCCGCUGGCCAAGCCGCCUCCGCCGCCCGGAGACCCGCCGGAGGAGCGCUUCGUCAUCGCUCACACGCAGGAGGUCUUCCGCUCCAACGAAGAGUACGAAGCACGGCUAGAGAAAUACAGCCAGAGAAUAUGGACCUGCAAAAGUACCGGAAGCAGCCAGCUGACGCACAAAGAGGCCUGGGAGGAGGAGCAGGAAGUUGCCGAGCUCUUGAAAGAGGAAUUCCCUGUCUGGUAUGAGAAACUUGUCCUGGAAAUGGUUCACCACAACACCAUCUCUUUAGAAAAACUGGUGGACUCUUCCUGGCUGGAGAUCAUGACCAAGUUUGCUGUGGGAGAAGAGUGUGACUUUGAGGUUGGGAAAGACAAGGUGCUGCGGGUGAAGGUGGUGAAAAUACACCCCCUGGAGAAGGCCACAGAAGAGGAAGCAAGUGAGAAGAAAGCAGACGGUGCCUGUGAUUCGCCCUCCAGCGACAAAGAGAAUUCAAGCCAGGUGGCCCAGGAUAACCAGAAGGAGACAGUCACGAAGGAAGAGGAAAGCAGGAGGGACAGUCUGAGUGAUCGGGCACGCCGCUCGCCUCGGAAGCUUCCCACUUCCCUGAAGAAGGAAGAGAAGAAGUGGGUUCCUCCCAAAUUUUUGCCACACAAAUACGAUGUCAAGCUGCAAAACGAGGACAAGAUCAUCAGCAAUGUGCCAGUGGAGAGCUUAGUCCGUACCGAGCGUCCCCCCAACAAGGAGAUUCUGCGCUACUUCAUCCGCCACAACGCGCUCCGGGCUGGAACGGGCGAGAACGCCCCCUGGGUGGUCGAGGACGAGUUGGUGAAGAAAUACUCCCUUCCCAGCAAGUUCAGUGACUUCUUGCUUGACCCACAUAAAUACCUGACGCUCAAUCCCUCCACUAAGAGGAAGAGCGCUUCGUCGCCCGACCGGAAGCCCUCCAAGAAGCCCAAAUCUGACGGCUCUCCGGCAGGCCAGGGGCUGAGCACCUCCCUGUGGUGCAGUGUGCAUUUGAAGAAGACCAUAGUUGGCUCCCCGCUGAAAACCAAGAACGCCAAGACCCCCACCGAGGAGCUGGAGGAAGUGAUGAAGAUGAUGUCCCCUGGGCGGCUGGGCGGCAACCUGAACAAGAAGCGGUUGGGGAAGUCUCUGGAGCCCAAGCAGCCGAAGCAGAAGAAGAAGCUGAUGAACGGGCAGAAAUCUUCGGGGAAGUCCCGGUCUCCCAAGAAGGAUUCCAAGAUGAAGAUGAAGCAGAUGACGCUGCUGGACAUGACCAAGGGCCCGGCGAAGGUGUCGAGGGCGCCCAGGAGUUCCGGGGGCAGCCCCAGGGCCUCCAGCAAACCUCCCAAGCACCUCCCUCCCGCCGCCCUUCACCUCAUCGCCUACUACCGAGAGAACAAAGACCGGGAGGACAAGAAGAGCGCCCUGUCCUGCAUCAUCUCCAAAACGGCCCGGCUGCUGUCCAGCGAGGACCGCGCCCGUCUCCCCGAAGAGUUGCGGGGGAUUGUGCAGAAGCGCUAUGAGCUCCUGGAGCACCGGAAGAACUGGGCCUCCAUGACGGAGGAUCAGCGGAAGGAGUACCUGAAGAAGAAGCGGGAGAAGCUGAAGGAGAAGCUGAAGGAGAAAGCCCGAGAGCGGCGCGAGAAGGAGAUGCUGGAGAGGCUGGAGAAGCAGAAGCGCUACGAGGAUCAGGACCUCAAAGGGAGCCUCCUGCCCACUUUCAAGCUGGUGGACACCCCGGAAGGGCUGCCCAACACCCUCUUUGGGGACGUGGCCAUGGUGGUGGAGUUCCUCAGCUGCUACUCGGGGCUGCUGCUGCCGGACGCCCAGUACCCCAUCACCGCCGUUUCCCUCAUGGAAGCCCUGUGUGCCGAGAAAGGGGGAUUUCUCUACUUGAACAGAAUUCUGGUCAUCCUCCUGCAGACGCUGCUGCAAGAUGAGAUCGCGGAAGACUAUCUCGAGCUGGGGAUGAAGCUGUCCGAGAUCCCCCUGACCCUCCACUCCGUCUCCGAGCUGGUCCGCCUCUGCCUGCGCAAGUCCGACGCGCAGGAAGAGAGCGAUGCUUCCGACAACCCGGAGGAGAACAAAGACCUGGCCGCCUUCGAGGACAACGAGGUGCAGGACGAGUUCCUGGAGAAGCUGGAGACCUCAGAGUUCUUCGAGCUGAGCUGCGAGGAGAAGCUGCAGAUCCUCACGGCCCUUUGCCACCGCAUCCUGAUGACCUACUCUGUGCAGGAUCACGUGGAGGCCAAGCAGCAGGCGUCGGCGGAGCUCUGGAAGGAGCGGCUGGCCGUGCUGAAGGAGGAGAACGACAAGAAGAGGGCCGAGAAGCAGAAGCGGAAAGAGAUGGUGGCCAAGAACAAAGAGAACAGCAAGGAGGAGAACGGCCUGGGGAAGGGGGAGAGGAAGAAAGCCGGGGAGGUGGAGAAGGUGGCCAAGGCUGAGCCGCGCGUGGAAGUGGAGGCCACCGAGGACAUGAUCAGCACCGUCAAGAGCAGGCGCCUCCUGGCCAUCCAGGCCAAGAAAGAGAAAGAGCAGCAGGAAAUGCAAAUGAGAGUAAAACUGGAGCGGGAAGCAGAAGAGGAGAGAAUUCGCAAGCAUAAAGCUGCCGCAGAAAAGGCCUUUCAAGACGGUAUCGCCAAAGCCAAGCUGGUGAUGCGCAGGACGCCCAUCGGCACAGACCGGAAUCACAACCGGUACUGGCUCUUCUCAGACGAGGUUCCUGGGCUGUUCAUCGAGAAGGGUUGGGUGCACGACGGGAUUGACUAUAGUUUUACGCCUCCUGAGGAGGAGGGUGAAGAAGAGGAGGAGGAGGAAGAGGAAGAAGACCAACAAGACCCUCCGGAGGAGACCUUGGUGGAAGGCAGCGUCCUGAACACUCCUCUGCAGGGAACCCUCCACAUUCCGGAAGUUCCUGUUGAGACGACGGUACCGAAACAGGGACAGAACCUGUGGUUUCUCUGCGACAGCCAGAAGGAGCUGGACGAACUGUUGGCAUGCCUGCACCCUCAAGGAAUCAGGGAGAGCCAGCUGAAGGAUCGUCUGCAGAAGAAGUAUCCAGACAUCAUACAUUCCAUCCACUUGGCUCGGAAGCAGAACCUCGGCCUGAAGUCCUGCGAUGGCCACCAGGAAUUGCUGAGUUUCCUGCGCAGCGACCUCAUUGAAGUGGCCACGCGGCUCCAGAAGGGAGGCCUGGGAUGCGUCAGCGAGGCGGAGUUUGAAGCCAGAGUAAGCUCGCUGGAGAGCUUGAAGGACUUUGGGGAGUGUGUGGUCGCCCUCCAGGCCAGCGUCUUCAAGAAGUUCCUGCAGGGCUUCAUGGCCCCCAAACAGCAGAAGAGGCGGAAACACCAAGGCGAGGAUGCCAUUGCCAAGGCGGAGGAGGUGGACGAAGAGAAGAGGGUGGCCGAAGAAGCCAAGAUUGCUUCUGCCGUGGAGAAGUGGAAGGUGUCCAUCCGCGAAGCCCAGACCUUCUCGCGCAUGCACGUUCUGCUGGGCAUGCUGGAUGCCUGCAUCAAGUGGGACAUGUCGGCAGAGAACGCCAGGUGCAAAGUGUGCCGCAAGAAAGGGGAGGACGACAAGCUGAUCCUGUGUGACGAGUGCAACAAGGCCUUCCACCUCUUCUGCCUGAGGCCCGCCCUGUACGAGAUCCCCGAAGGCGAGUGGCAGUGCCCGGCUUGCCAGCCCUCCGUCGCCCGGCGCAGCUCCCGGGGCAGAAACUACGCUGAAGACUCCGUGGAAGAGGAGAGUGACCCUGAGCAAGAAGAAUCAGAAGAUGAUGAUGAAGAGGAGGAGGAGGAGGAGGAAGACUACGAGGUGGCAGGUUUAAAAUUGAGACCCAGGAAGGCGGCCAAGGGAAAGCAAGGGGGCCCAGCUGCAGACCCUCCACGACAAGGCCGGUACCAAGGGAAGAAGCGGGCCCUGCACGCCACCCGAGGGGCCCGGCAGCAGGGGGCGCCCGGCAGCGACGCCAAUAUUGACGAGCUGGUGCUUCAGACCAAGAAAGUCUCUCGCCGGCAAAACCUGGAGUUGCAGAAGUGUGAGGAGAUCCUCAACAAGCUUGUCAAGUACCGCUUCAGUUGGCCCUUCAGGGAGCCAGUGACAACAGAAGAGGCCGAAGAUUAUUUUGACGUGAUCAGCAGUCCCAUGGACUUCCAGACCAUGCAGAGCAAGUGCUCGUGUGGCAGCUAUCGGUCCGUCCAGGAUUUCCUGUCCGACAUGAAGCAGGUCUUCUCCAACGCCGAGCAAUACAACCAGAACGGCAGCCACGUCCUCUCCUGCCUGGAGAAGACGGAACAGUGCUUGGUGGACAUGCUGCAGAAGCAUCUGCCCGGCCACACGUACGCCCGCCGGAAACGCAAGCGGCCUCUGGCCCAGCCCAGCCAGGGACUCGAAGAGGCCGAUGAGGAGAGCGACCCGGAGGCGCUGGAGUACUCCAGGGGGCGGAAGAGGAAGAAAUGAGGGGGCCCUGGGGGAGGCGAUGGGACAGGGUUGGAGCAGGGCCCCCCCACCGCGCUGCCCAGAUGGAGCUGCCAGGCUUUGCUCAGCCGCCCUGUCUCCCUCUCGGUUCACACUGGCUUCACUCCCAGCAACUCCCUGAAGUGUUUGGUCGGCUCUCCCGCCGGGAGGCAGACGCACUGCCUUUCCUCAAGCGUGCGCAAAGAUGGUUCCCACAUGUGUCGGAGGCAGAAAAGGGGCCAGGGAUCUGGGUCUGAGUGGAGCCCCCACCCCACCCCAGGUCUGGGGAGGGUGAGAGCGGGGGUGCCCCCGAGACGGAGCUGCAACCUUCCUCUGCCAUUCUGCGUGCAAGAAGCGGCAGCCGUCGCUGCCCGAUGCAAGUUUUGGAUACGAGACUGCCAGUCCAGCCGUGGGGCAGAGAGACUGUUCUUGUAUGUAAAGGCGACCACCCUGGAGCCUCCAUGCCCCAGCCCCUCUGCCUCCCCCACGGAAAGCCGCCUCAUAGAACGGGCAAGCACUUAACCUUCUGGGGCAGGCUCCUCUCACCAGCAUCCGUGUGCAGACCAGGACGGCUCGUCUCUCUCUCUCUCUGUCCACUUCUUCCUGUGGGGUGGGGAGAAAGCGGCCCCUCCUUCCCUCCUCACAGCAGCACUUCUUGGCCCCAGGCCACAGUGAGGAACAGAGUUGGAGGGGGCAGAUGCUGGUUCUCUCACUUUGUAAACCCCCCCCUUUGUUUUUCUACUUAAGGAAAAGAUUCUUGUUUCCAGCAUUGAUCUUGUACAAAAAAAAGACCCCUUGUAAGAUACAGUUGUCUUGGCUUUGA